AUGUCUAUGGCGGUGGGUAUCAAUGAUAACGAGGCUUGCUCGUUUGCUAUCGUAAUGGCAAACGUCUCCUUAAAACAAAACAAAAGGCUGGGCGUUAUGGUAUACAAGGAUCGGCGCAUGACUUCGCGCUAUGCUCCAGCCGCCACCACCGUCACUGACGCGCCGCCAUUUAAAUACAAUACCGCGAUAGCUCAGUGCCGCACGCAUGCUCGCAUGCAUAAUCCGAGCUUAUUCAAAAUGUACCACAUUCCCACUUGCAGGCGGUGUCGGCUGGCGGCGUUCCGAGCGAUGCCUAUUUGGGGAGCCAAGGGCUGCCCUAUUUGGAAGCCUGCGCUUCGAGUUGCGAUCGAUAUCGAGCAGCCGCCGCGAUGCCCCGCGCUGCGCUCGUCAGACAACCAUCAGCAUGGUUGCAGUUGUUUUAUGGAGCUACCGACACGAUACCGUUUCAUA